AUGUCAAUCAAACCACUCAACUUUCCUGAAUACUGGAGUAAAUUAAAAAAUAUUGUUAAGAAUAUUUUAUCAUUAAAUAGAGUUCCAACCGAAGAAUAUCAAAAAAGUAUCAAUGCUAUUUUUAGUUUGUGUACAUCCUUCCCACAUUCAAACUACGAUAAACUUUAUGAGUUAACAAAGUUGUUGAUAGAGGAACAUAUACUUAAACUAUUACCUGUUGUUCAAACUGAUAAAAGCGAAGAUCAACUAAAAAAUUAUUAUUUAUAUUGGCAGAAGUAUAGUAUACGUAUCAAACUCUUAAAUUUACUUUACCGGUUAUUACAAGCAAAAACUGUGCAGUUUAAUAAAACGUAUGGUAGACAGUUUAUGUCUGGGCACGUAUCAACUAAUCUGAUUCAUAUAGGGAUUGAAGAACUGGGAUUGAAUUUAUGGAAGAGCAAUAUCAUUUUAUUACUGAAAAACAGUAUUUCCAAAUUAGUAUUAGAUGAAAUUGAUAAACAAAGACAUAACAUGUCUAUAACAACAUCUUCGGAUACCAUUGUCGGUGUUAUUAACUCAUUUAUUGAAGUCCAAAUGCCUGGAAGCAAUCAACUAGAAUUUUAUAAAAGUUAUUUCGAACAGCCUUUUUUGGAACAAAGUAGAGACUAUUUUCAACAUGAAGCUGCAAGGUUAUUACAAGAAUUCACGGUGUCUGAGUAUUUGGUUAAAGCAUGUGUAAACUUUGUGGAGGAAGUAAUGAAAUUUCAUAAAAAAUAUGUAUCUAUAGUUAUAAAUGUGUUCAAUAAUAAUCUUCCGUUCAUUGAUGCUAUUGAUAAAGCAUUUACAGUAAUUGUUAAUCAUAAAAUAAUAGAAAAUCAAAGAUCAAUGUCCCCAGAAUAUUUAUCAAAUUACUGUGAUACGUUAUUGAAAAAGUCGUCUAAAGAUAUAUUUAAAAGUAUCUAUCAAAAGCAGCUGGCCACUCGGUUAAUACUUCAACAAAGCCAGUCCAUUGAUGUUGAAGAAAGAAUGAUAAAUCAAUUGAAAAAAGCUUGUGGUUUCGAGUUUACAAGUAAUUUACAUAAAAUGAUAACUGAUGUUAGAGUAUCAGAAGAAUUAAAUGCACAAUUUCAUAAUGAAUUUCUUAAAGCAGUUAGUGAUAAAUUAAAUGUCUCUUUUUCUAUGUUUGUGUUGAAAUCUGAUGUUUGGCCUUUGAAUUUAUCAACUACAUCAUCAUUUGUUUUACCUAAACAACUGAUACCUUGUACACAAUAUUUCGAAGUAUUGUACAAAGAAAAAUAUAAAGGACGGGCGUUAACAUGGUGUCAUCACCAAUCUCGAGGGGAAUUAACAUUGAAUUAUUUACCAAAAACAUAUAUAGUGAAACUACAAACGUUACAAAUGGCAAUACUUUUACUAUUUGAAGACUGUGAUACAUUGAAAUACUCAGAAAUUUACGAUUUACUUCAAGUAACCAAUGAUGAAUAUAAAGACCAUCUUGAAAGCUUAGUCAAAUAUAAAUUAUUAUUGCUUAACGGUGAUAAUGUAAAAUUGAACAUGGCAUUUACCAAUAGUCAUACAACAUUUCAAGUAAAAUUAGAUGGCCAAAAAGAUAGACCAUUACAGACUGAACGGUCUGUUAAGACUGUCAAUGAUGAUCGUAAAAUAUACUUACAGGCUACUAUUAUCCGAAUAAUGAAAGCAUGUAAGACAUUGAAACAUAAACCACUUGUGGAUGAGAUUUUACAAAGUCAACUGUUUAACAUGGUUGAAAAAAAAAUGACACAAAAAGUUAUGUCAGAUGGCAGAUUUUUGUGUACACUCAAAUAA